AUGAAGUUGGGUGUGAUUUUCUUGAUGUCUUGUGUCUUGUUCUCCCUUACCCCAAACCUAAUUCUUGCGGAGAUAAGACCAUGGUGCCCGUCAAGAAAACAAAUAUUUGAUGGUUCAUGCAAAAAAGAUUUCACACAAUGUUUUGAUGACUUAAAAGCGACAUGGGGUUCUGUUGGAGAUCUCGGUCCAACCGACUGCACUUGCACUUCUCAGCCCCAGAACAAGCGUCUCUGCUAUUGUCGUUAUUUGCCUUGCCCUAGCUAA